GAUACUCUGUCACAGACGUGCUUUAGAAUCGAACCCACCCGUGAGAGUGAACGUUAAACCGGUUUUUUCUUAUUUAACGUCUGUAAUUCAUUGUUAAAGUUUAAACAAAACGCUGUGUGUUAUAUAAAAACACGUAAAUAAUAUUGCGAAAAAGAGCUGUUAAACUGUUGAAUGAAAUAAAGUUCGUACAAGUGAAACUUCAUAUAUAACAAGGUGAUAAAAACGAAGUGGAACGUUAACAUUAUCGUUACGAGAUAUUUUUCAAAGACUUUAAUCGUUGGACAGCCGAGAGAUCUUUAAAACAAGUUGAAAUCAAAUUUUUAUUUAGUAGUUGUUCGAGAAAACGAAAACUAUUAAAAGUGUUCCAAAAGGAUACUUGAAUUCUAUGACAGGAUAAUUGUCUCCUCGCGUGUAGCAAAGAUGGCCGAGUUGAAGGAACAACCAAUCAGAAGGGAGCACGAUUCGAUGGACGAUUUUGAGCAUCUCGAACACGUCCAGGAUGGACAAUCAAGUCAUCUGGAGGCCCAUACGGAAAAAGUACAAGAAAAUCAGGAACACAGUUUGAACAUGGAAAAGGAUAUGAUUAAUUUUUCACCUAAUCAAACGGUAAACGAACCGGAAGAUCCUAGAAAAGCGACGCUGCUUCUGUUAGAGUCGGAGAAAGGUAAACCGGCCGCGGAGGAUAAUUUUGAGGUUAGACCGAAGGAACCGGAGCACGAUUUGUUGAUGGGUAAGAUAGAAGAUCACUCAGAAGUUAUGAACGUUGAACCGAUCAGCAAAAAGGACGAAGAAAAACAGAAACCCGUUGAAAAAGCAGAAAUUAAAGACAAGAAAAUCGUUGAUCACGAACCGGCAGUCGUUUCUUCCACGGAAAAAAAAGCGGACGAUGCAUGGAAUGUUAUUGAAAAAUCUCAACCGAUUGUCGAAUCUAUUUCGAAGGAACCAAAAAAAGAUACCAGUGCCAGUGAAUAUGUGCUCGCUGAAACAGGAAAGAAGGAACAAAUCAGUGCGCCGGUAAGCAGGGAACUUGAAUUUGAAUCGGAACCAGAAGAAUCGCCGGCGAAAAGCUUCAAGUCUGUAAAGCAAGAUUCAAGAACGGAAAGAAUAGAAGAAGUGGAAAUUGCGCCAAAGGAGAUUUUCAGCAGCAUGGGAAUUGACGCAUGGUUUAACCCUGAUAGACUGAAUCCAAAAGUGGCAGCUUUAAUUUACUGGCGUGAUCCAAAGAAAUCAGGAGCCGUUUUUGGAUGCAUACUUGGAGUGCUUCUCUCGCUGGCCUACUUCAGUUUGAUAAGCGUUCUUGCUUAUCUCUCUCUCCUCGUCCUUACCGGCACCAUUGCCUUCAGGAUCUACAAAACCGUCCUACAAGCUCUCCAGAAGACCUCCGAUGGACAUCCUUUCAAAGACAUUUUGGAACUUGACUUGACGUUGUCCGCGGAGAAGGUGCACGAAGUCACGGUCGUGGCUGUUGCACAUGCAAAUGCAACGGUCAGCGAACUGCGUAGGCUCUUCCUUGUAGAGGACUUUGUCGAUUCCUUGAAAUUUGGUGUUCUUCUUUGGUGCCUCACUUACGUGGGUUCUUGGUUCAAUGGCAUGACUCUGAUCAUAAUCGGAGUAAUUGCCCUGUUUACACUACCGAAGGUCUAUGAAACAAAUAAGGCACAAAUCGAUCAGAAUCUAGCCUUGGUGCAUGGCAAGAUCAAUGAGCUCACCGCUAAGGUGAAAGCUGCAAUACCGCUUGGUAAGAAAGAACCAACAAAGGAAGAAUAAACAACAAGAACAUACCACCACGCGGGGGCAAAAGAAACUUAAGCGAAUUUGUCGGGCAACUGGAGAAUCCAUGCAGGAAUGAAACGAAGAACAGUGCUGUAAACAAGUUGAAGAGAUGAGAAAUUUAUUUAAAAAACAAGAAAACAAACACACACACACACACACACACACACACACAUACGUAUUGUUCAGUGGAGAAUCGCGAGGGAAAAUGCUUGCGAGAAAAUGUCGAACAAUUGAAGAAAGAAAAAUAACAGUGGAAAUAAACAUAUAGCAUACUACGAAGGAGAAAGAUUGUAGGAAAGAGUUCGUUAGUAUGUUAAGGUUUAAUCUAAUAAAAUAAAUUUUUUUAAAUUCUGGAAUUAUCGAAUAUGAACGAAAAAAGUAAUAAAAGUAGCAUCAGUAGAGAAGCAUGGCUUACAAAGAACUGUAAUGAGAAAGUAUUCAAAAUAUACAUAUAUAUAUAUAAGAAAAUGAAGGUAAUAAUAGAAUCUCUAAAAAUUCUGAAAGAGUGAGAAAAAAAGAUAUAAGUAUGAACAGAAAUAGAAAUGUUAAAACCCAAGUCGAAAGGACAACGAAAAGAACGUAAACACACAGUCUUCUGAUGUUUAGUCAUGGGCAGCUGGAUUUCAUUGUCCGACGAUGUCGUAAACGCGAGUUUUCCUUUUCUGGAACUACAAGAUGUCCCUGUUGAUGGAAAUAAACAAAAAGAAGUAACGUUUA